GCAUAUUUUCCGAUCAGUAUUUGAUGUGCUUCAGCCAAUAUCUGCAACGCACUCAACGACUGACUUUAACAGUGGAAUAUGCAAAAAUCAGCGUGUCCAUAUUGGAGCCGAGGUCUGAAGCUUGGCAUUAUAUUUCUCGUUUGUUGGGCAAUUGUAAUACUUUGUGAGUUGUCCAAUCAUUAUCUCAUACCGACGCCGUUGUCUGUAUUUCAUGAAGAUAUGCUGCCAACAGUUCUAUCACAAAACAAUGCGGUAGUUUUCGCAAAAAGUGUGGAAGCUACUACACUUCGGCAGUUUACUGAGGACCAAAAUAUUACAUUAGAACAAGAAAGUGUGACUCAAGUCAAUAGUACGUCAGCAGUGAAAGGUUUACUAAACAUACUGAAUAGCACACAAGUUAAUUAAAAGUUAGCAGUAUCAAUAUAACGAAGAAAAUUACUACAGAUGUGGACCUACAUAUAUGGGCGAUAAGGAAACUGUUUCGAGUGGCAUUAUGCUUAGUACAAUACGACUGACGGGUAAUAAUGUAGAAAUAAUGAUGAAAGUAUGAUACUUCUGUGAUUUUUUCAAUAAAGUAGUAUUUUUUAUA